CACAACCUUCCCUCCCCUCCUCCUCCAAUUCACCUCCUCUUCUCCAACUCUUCUCGUCUCAUUUCAUUUCAUCUCAUCUCAUCUCAUCUCAUCGCCGUCUCUCAUCUCACCAUCUCUUUCAUCGUCGUAUCGGGCAUCGACUCAUCUCCCCUCCUCCGCCCGACAUCACUCACAAUGACCGACCAAGGCCCACCUCGGUUGCCAACCAAACCUCGCAAUACCCUCCCCACCAUCGCAACUCCGACAGCCUCCUCACGCGCAACUACUCGUGGCGACAGUCUCCAGACCGCCGACCUUCCUCUCCCCGAGACCGUCAUAGUCCCGCCCACACCAGUGUCUGCGUCGCCCGCCAGUUCCGGCCCACGCAACGUGAAUCCCAGCGCACCCCCUCAUACCCUCCAGCCCAUGCCAGAGGAAGCCGUGCAGUACGAGUCGCCAGAUGAGAACUCGGACAGAGACGCGUCUCCUCGCGUCUCGCUGUCAAAGGAUGAUGCUCGACCCGCGCUCCCGCCUCACCCCGUGCCGCAUCGCGUCGCGUCCACGCCGGUUCCACGCUCCGAGAGCAUGGCACCACAGGGCAAGGAGAAGGAACGCGACGAUAGUGCUCUCCUACAGUCGCCCCCCAGCUUUGUGCCCGUUGGUCUCCCCGACUCGUCCCCGCAUCUCUUCUCGGCACAGCGCACCCCUUCCCCCUCGUCGCCGGGACCUUCCAGAUUGCGUGACAGGAUCAUGCGCCAGCACAAGCGGCAGAGUAGCGCCCACGUCGUGCGCGAAACCACCCUCGGCCUUCAGCACGAGGACGACGACGGGGCCCGCGUCAUCAACCAGUACAAGAUCGGUAACAGUCUCGGGUCGGGCGCCUACGCAUCCGUCGUCCUCGGCAUAGACGUCGGAGACGGAAAGGAAUAUGCGAUCAAGGAGUUCUCUAAAGCGCGCCUCCAGAAGCAGGCGUUGAUGGAGCGUCAGGCUCAAAUGGCGCGCGAACGUCGCAACCGCCGCCCCGUCCUCCGCCCCGGCCCCAGGGGUCCUGCCGCUACCGAGCCCCCACAAUCUGCACACACGGCUGCGCUCGUCUCCGAUGAGAUGCUUGAGAAGGACCCUCUUGCCUUGAUCCGGCGUGAGGUAGCCGUGAUGAAGAAGUUAGACCACCCGAAUCUGACCAAACUCUACGAGGCGAUCUCGGUGCCGAAUGCCGACGGACUCUUCCUCGUUCUCGAGUACCUUCCUGGGGGCGUCCUCAUGAAGGUCGAGCCUGGCUUCGAGCCAACGAACGAGAAGCCUCCAUUUACAGAAGAGGAAGCGCGCGAGUAUUUCCGCCAGAUCUGCUUGGGCCUCGAGUAUCUGCAUGCCAACGGUAUCGCCCAUCGCGACAUCAAGCCCGAGAACAUCCUUUUCACCGCCGAGCGCGACAUGGUCAAGCUGGCCGACUUUGGCGUGUCUGAGAUGUUCCAGGGAGACGACACGAUCAAGGCUGCAGGCGGGAGUCCCGCCUUCCUCAGCCCCGAGAGCUUUACUGCUUCUAUCGGCGAAGUCCACGGCAAGUCUGUCGAUAUCUGGGCACUUGGCGUUACCCUAUAUUGCAUGCUGCGGGGCAAGCUGCCGUUCAAUGUCGCCAACCCCAUCGAGCUCAUGUGGAUGGUCCGUGAAAAGGAGCCGGAGAUUCCUAAUGAGUGGCACCGCGACUUGCAGAACCUCAUUCGCGGUAUGCUACGCAAGGACCCGGAGCAGCGGUUCACCAUGACUGAGAUUCGCGAAAACUCGUGGGUCAACGCGUGGGGCAUGCAGCCCAUCCUGAGCGUGGAGGAUAACCUCUUCUAUUACGGCAACGUGUUUGAGGAGCCGACGGAGGAGGAGGUGGACAACGCGCUCAUCUCGCUGAGAUCGGUGUUCACCGUCGUGCGCGCCGUUCACAAAAUGCGGCGUGCUGUCGGCAUGCGACAAAUGUCCGUCAUGCACGAGGGGCAGACGGGCUUGUCGCCCAGCGACGGGAACGUGUCCCUAACCUCGGGCUCGAUGGACUCGUACACCCUCCCAGAUGCUUUGACAGGCGUGCAGACGCCAUCGGAAAUGUCAGAGGACGAGGGUGCCGCGAUCGUCUCUUCACCUGAGCGUGAUGACACGCCCGAGCCACCGGCCCACGAUAAGCAGAAGGCUGGUGGAUGGGCGCGCCUGCGUCCACUCAAGACUGAUCUGGCUCGUGGUGGUGGCGGCAAACCCGGUCCAGCCAAGACGAUGCCCAACCCCGCGCCUCGUGAUUUCGCCGACAAGCCCGAGGAGCUUGCGUCGUCGCCUGUCGACGUGCACGACUCGCCCAACCUCGUCGCCGAGUCGCCAGUACUCAUGGCGUCGUCUCCGGUCGAGCAUGACUCGCCGGUGAUGCUGGCUGACUCUCCGAUCAUGGCCGCAUCGCCGGUCGAGCACGAUUCACCAGUCAUGCUUGCCGAUUCACCAAUCAUGGCCGCCUCGCCUGUCGAGAACGACUCGCCGGUCAUGCUCGCCGACUCUCCGACCAUGGCGGAUUCUCCCGUCAUGGCAGAUUCCCCAGACCUGGCAGACUCGCCCUUGAUUCUCGCCGAGUCCCCUGAGCUUGCGGCAACCCCGCCCGUAGGCAUCACAGCAUCGCAGAUGACGCCUGUAAGCCGCAAGAUCAUCCCCGCAAUGGAACCGUUGUCGCUCGAUGCGACGCCGACUCAGCGCACCCGCUCGGACAAUACGGACGGCACUGUUUCCCCUCAGCAGUUGUGAUACACGCGCCACACAACGACACAAUUCUCUCUUGCAUUUCAUCGCAUCGCCUCCACCACUGGCCGUUACCUGUAUCAACCUACAUUAGCACGAACUGUACGAUUGCAUUAUGACCCGGAUACCAUACACGUUGAUCUGUUUAUGCACUGUUUCACACGCUU